AUGCCACUUCCUUCUGGAGGGAAGUUCUCUCCUCUGAGAAGUCGUCGAGUCCUCAGUGCCAUCCCCGCAUUGUUUGACACGACGCUUCUGAGGGACGAUGGUAUUCUGCAAGUCGUCAUAUCCGAUGUGGACAGUCUCCUUGGACGUCCCGAUGUCGAUGUUGAGGGAGUCGUCGCUGAGCUCGUUGAGUCGCCCACAAAAGCGCUGGAGCUGGUCCUCGCUUCCGUAAGCAAGUCGACUUUCGACCGCGUCGUCAGCGUCAUCUCUGCAAACUUCCCCUUCGCGCCUGAGACCUUCGCGUCUUCGGUGGCCCACAGCUUGCUCACAAGGCUCCCCAUCUUCUUCCUCUUUCUGCCCAACGCGCGAUCCCUCGACCUCGCUUGGCUCUCGCAGCAGCGCACUCUCACUGAGACAACUAUCUCGGCACUCCAAGUACUCAACCGGCUUCGUCUCUCCAACGCCGUUUACGAUGGUGAGGAAGACAUCGACGGCUCCGGCGACGCGGUCAAGAGAAAGUCCAAGAACAGACACAAGCGCAAGCAAUCGAGAGCGCAAAACCCCUUCGUCUCGGACGCCGACCGCAAGACCAUUCUCAGUCUCCCCGAAGCGGACUUUGUGCCGUCAACAAAGGAAGGGGCGAUGGAUCUAUGUUCCUCAUACGCGCUGCGCUUCAUCUCCUUCAAGGAGCUCCUCAAGAUGCUUCGGCGCGACGGUCUUUCCGCCGUCAUCACAAAUGCCUACUACUCCCUCCCCACCUCUGAAGCUGUCGACGGCGCCCUCGAAGAGGAAUACGAAAACGGAGCUCCGUAUCCGUCCCCCGCACCCUUCGUCGUUGACGGGACCUCCGCCGUCCCUGAAGACCUCCCUCCAGUCCUACCCAUGAAAGCGGCCCUAUACUUUGACAGCGCAGACGGGUUCGGAGAAUGGCGCGUCCUCAUCUCGACGCGCGCGGACCGGGACCUACGUCAAGCGCGGAAGAGAGACGCGAAGAUGUUCGCGAUCUAUGUCAAGAAGAUCAAGGAGCUUUCGAACGGUCAUUUCUCGGACGACAAUCAGAAGCGAUUGACCGGGCUCGACGUCGACAUCCCUAUCUACGAAGCCAAGAUGACUGGGGAUACGCGUCUUGUCUACCAAGUCGACUGCAUCCCUGAGUUCCAGAGUCCGGUGGAGAGGCAAGUCCUACGGAUCUUUGGCAUCUACACCCACACGCAACUGGACCGCCGGCUUUGGAGUUGUAUGAGCCAACACAUUGACCGUCGUGGCGCAGAGUAUCGCAAGAGAUGCACCUUCCGAAAUCGUCCGGUCAACCGCGGUGACAAUGUUUACGCACCCGCCUGUUGGCCUCCGGUGGAGCCGACGCCAAUCGAACCCGUGUCGGGUCUUGCAGAAAUGCGCAAGGAAGACUUGGAAGAGAUCCACUCACUCCUCGUGCUCGAGAAGUUCGUGACGUUCUCCCAAGCUUUGCUCAAUAGCAUUCUCGCAGACCAGGAGGUUGCACACGUCUUCAAUGUCACUCCACAGGAGCAGAAGAUCAUCGAACACCCUUCCUCGUGUUACGUCCUGGGGCGGAGUGGUACCGGGAAAACGACCACCAUGCUUUUCAAGAUGCUCGGCAUGGAACGCGCAUGGGAAAGCCACCGGGACGUGAUGCCCAAACCACGCCAACUCUUCGUCACCCAGUCCCGUGUGCUGGCGGAGAAGGUCGAGGAAUACUUCGUCAAGCUCCUCGAGUCGCUUGCGACCGCCGGUCAUUCCCACACUGAGCUCGUGGAGAUUGCCGCGCGGAAGAAGCGGCAGCAGGAACAGGGUCUUGUAGAUCGUGACGAAGAGAUCUACUGGCGUGGAGACCUUCCUCAGCGAUAUGGGGAGCUGAAGGAUGAGCAUUUUCCGAUGUUCGUCACGUACGAUCAUAUCUGCCGACUCUUGGAGAAUGAUUUGAACCACCACAUAGUGGCGAACGUGGAGAGGGCUUCCGGCCUUCGUGCCCUGGACAGUGCAUUGAGCGUGCAGGGGUCGGAGUCGCAUGAUAAGGGCCUUUCGAACGACUACAUGCAACAACAGCGUGCUUCCUUUGUCUCCUUCGGCACUUUCAUCGAAGAGUACUGGUCGCACUUCCCACAAGCCCUUACGAGGGGUCUAGAUCCGACCCUUGUUUUCGGAGAGUUUAUGGGCGUUAUCAAAGGCUCAGAGCUCGCGCUUGACAAGCCCGAUGGAUACCUGGACGAAGACACGUACCUCAAGCUUAGUCAUCGCACUCAGGGCACGUUCGCGAACCAGCGCGAGUGUAUCUAUAGGCUCUUUGCUGCGUACGUCAAGCGAAAGAAGGAGCGCGGAGACUAUGACGCUGCAGACAGGACGCAUGCUCUCAUCAACGCGAUGCGAACGCACGGCGUGCCAGGUUUGCCGAUCAACUUCAUAUACGUAGACGAGGCUCAAGACAACCUCCUCAUCGACGCUCUCAUCCUCCGAAAACUCUGUCGGAACCCUCAUGGGCUCUUCUGGGCCGGUGACACCGCCCAGACAAUCUCAGUUGGCAGUGCCUUCCGCUUCGACGACCUCAAAGCGUUUUUGUAUCGGUACGAGAAGAUGAACUCCAAGGUCGACGCACCGCCUCAGACCCCUGAAUCCUUCCACCUCGCCAUCAACUACCGUUCCCAUGGAGGCAUCGUCAAUUGCGCUCACUCCGUCAUACUGCUCAUCACGCAGUUCUGGCCGCACGCCAUCGACGCGCUCGGGCAAGAGACGGGCAUGAUCGAUGGCCUAAAGCCGGUCUUCUUCCAUGGGUGGGACCAGAACACUGUCCGUUACGAGCAGUUCCUCUUCGGAGAAUCUGGGAAUCACAUAGAAUUUGGUGCCGAGCAAUGCAUCUUGGUGCGGGACGAAGCGGCGCGCGACAAGCUGAGAGCACAAGUUGGGGACAUUGGCUUGAUCAUGACGCUGUACGAGAGCAAGGGUCUCGAGUUCAACGACGUCCUGCUGUACAACUUCUUCGAAGACUCCACCGUCGACCUCUCUCAGUGGCGCGUCGUCCUCAACGCGCUUCCGCCGGAAUCCCGCGUCAACCAUCCCGCGCCCCGCUUCGACGACGUGCGCCACAGUGGCGUGUGCAGAGACCUCAAGUUCCUCUACGUCGCGAUCACAAGAGCGCGGAAGAACCUGUGGAUCGCAGAUGGAUCGGAAAAGGGGGAACCUAUGCGAAUCGUGUGGUCGUCGCGGAACCAAAUCCAGAGCUGCACCCCGGGAAGCGAUGUGCCGAAGCUGGCGAUGUCGUCGACCCCGGAGGACUGGGCGAAGACCGCGCUCUCGCUCUUCAACAAUCGCCGGUACAUGCAAGCAAUGCACUGCUACGAGAGGGCGGGGCUCACGCGCGAGAAGGCCGUCGCCCACGCCUACCACCUGCGUGAACUCGCGCGCAGCACCCCAGUGACGCGUGGCGAGAGCACCGCGAAGGCAGCGGCAUUCGUCAAGGCCGCGGACGCGUUCGUCUCGUCUGCCACGGCCGCGGUGACGGAGAAGAAGGCGUACUACCGCAUCGCGGGCGAGUGCUUCGUCGCAGGUGGUGAUGACGUCAAGGCGGCGCAGGCGUACCGUUCGGCGGAAGAGUACACUCUGGCGGCACAGCACUUCCGGAGGGCGGGCAAGUUCGACGAUGCGAUCGACGUGAUCCAGUCUCACAAGGGGUUGGUCGCGGCCGCGGUGGCGGACAGCAUCCUCGGCGUAUCGAAGCUGUAUUUCUUGCGCGAGAAGCAGAUAAAGAAAGCACGGGCGCUGUUCGAGACAGACGAAGAGGCGCUGGAAUACAUGGACGACUUCGGGCUAGAUAUCGCGCGGGCGUCGCUGCUGGAAGACAUGGGCAAGUUCGCAGACGCCGCGGAUGUACAUUUCGCGGAAGGGAAUGUACUCGAAGCCAUCCGCCUGCUCUCUUUAGAUAUCCACAACGCCUCAUCGACCAAAAGGGCGUUUGAAUUUCUUCUUGGUGGCCUGUGGCAGCGCUUAUCUCUGGGCGUUCAUGUAUCUCAGGAGGAGCUCAAAGGAUCCAGCACCACGGCCAAACUUCUUCGACUUGCCGAAAAUCUCGAAAGGGCUGUUACUGACGAGGAAACUCGAAACGAGGUGUUAAUGUUCAUCGCCAUCUCACGUCACGACUAUCCAGCGCUCGCAGCGCUCGUGAGCAAGUUCGUGGCGGUCAAAAACAAACCCGCGGUUCUCUUGUGCAUGGACCACCUCUUCUCAAUACCUCUCAAACUUCACAACGCGUCACUUCGAGAGAUCGCCGACAAGCUACACGUCUUUAUGGUAUACACACAAAAUCUAGGCCUUUUGCUAGGCAAGCAAACGCCCUGCGAAUCCGCAGACGUGCGCAAAGUUCUGGCAAUUCUUCCAUUUUCCGAGGACGUCUUUGUUCUUCCUCCCAACUCCCUCCUUGCGCCCCAAUGCACUCCCCGCUCCACACCCAACUUCCGCGUCAUCGAUCAGGGGAUAUCAGUACCUCGUUGGGAGUUGGACCGGCUUAUCAACGUCGUACUGGAAGCUCGGCUGUUGGACGCCAUCACUGAAGAGAACAAGCUCUGUCACAAUUUGCGUCCGCUGCACCCUUGCCUGCCUUUCGUCGCUCAUGGCCAAUGCAACCGCGCUGAAUGCGCCCGCCAGCACACUUUCGCCAAAGACAACGACGUUGCAACGUACCACUUCCGAAUUCGAGUUGUUCUAUUGCAGAUCAUCAUCUACCACGGCCUGCGCACAUGUGAACAAAAACCGGAGUUUGCGAAAUCGCAGCUGCACUGGCUUCGCGAGCUCCACGAUGCCAUAUUCCCAGCUCACUACAAGCUCGGCGGCCUUCAUAUCUUCAAUGCGAAACUGAUCCCAGAGUUUCGCCAGGGCGUGACCAUCUCUCGGCUUUGGGCGGAAGCACUGCUCUACGAACUCCGGCCACAUAUCGGCAGUCCACAUCUGUUCCUCACGAAGCUUCUUCGCUCCGUACGCUUGACAUUGCUUUUCAACGCGCCGGCGGCGUCUGUCACCAUUUCCCGUAUCCCAGCCGUCGCACUGUUCCGACCACCGCACCUUCUACGCAACGACAACUGCUACGUCGUCCAAGACGCCAUCGGCUUCAUGCACAACAACGACAAGACUGCUUUGAGUCGAGGUGUUCUCUUCAUCAACCAUGUUGUCUCGCGCAGGGUAGCCUGUGACGUCAAUAUCUUGUGCGACCUCAUGGACACCGUGGUCAGUUGCUUGAUCAUCUCCACGAGGCUUCAAAGUACAGCCACGUUGCACAACGUAACGCUGCCGAAGAGCUGGCUUUUUAAGAUCAUGCCUCGCAUCGAGUUUUUACGUACAGCAGAGACCCCAAUGUCUAAGUUCUACCUCCGAAACCUCAUGGCGGAGCUUCUCGAGCAAAUCUACUCAGGGAUACAGAGUGAACAUUUCCUAUUCGAGAAUCGGGACCUUGCGACUCUGGCACACCCUUACCGAAAUGUGAUCUUUCUCAGAAUAUGCAAGAAUCUAUGUCUGUGGGGAUACAAUAUGGGUCGCUUUGCCAUCAAGAACGAAGUCACGCGAGCAAUCAACUCGGUGCGGCGGCCCAGUCGGAUCUUCCAUUCGUCGAUCGAACCGUACGUCGCCGCCAAGAACUGGGACAGACUCGCGCGACUUGUUCGACACUCCGCAGCGGAUUCGAGCUUCGAUGAAAUGAUCCAACUGCACCACACUGCUACCCCGAUCACCAGUCCUCCUCUACCUGGCGUUCGACGUAUCGUCUACGGAGACCUCGAAGAUCUCCCUUGGUUUCUGCAGAGGGUCGUUCUCGAGCCCCAGCCACCGAACCCCCGUGUGGAUACUUUGCCUUCCAUUCCCGCCACCACUCCGGCGGAUGCCUCGAAUCCUGACGGCCCAGAUGGGGCAGAAGCAGCUGCAGAACCCGAGGCAAACGAAGAGGAAAUCGCGGCGCCAGACGAGACGGGCGAAGCACCAGACGAACACGAUGUCGAAACGAUCGCUCAAGCGAUCGCGGCGGAGGACCGAGCGCCCGCCGUCUCAAUGGCUCCUACUGCUCAGGAGGUCGACGCCGCGGCAAAAAUCGCGUCCGCAUACCGGCGCCACAUGGCGCGCUCACGCGUCCCCAAGCUCAGCAAGGCGCGCCAGCGAUGGCAGCGGAUCUUCGACAAGUACGCCGCGCACGCGCGCACGGUCGAUUGGCCGCGCGCGCACUACCGCAUGCUCUUCCUCGGGCCGGUCCCGCACCUCGCGUCGGCGGUUGAGACGAUGAAGGACCAUCUGUACGAGACGCGGAGCACGCUCCGGAAGAAGCUCAACAUCGCGAAGCACCUGGAGCUCGAGACGAUGGGGUCUACGUUGACGCGGAUGAACGCCCUGUUCAAGACUUCCGACCGCCUGCAUAAGGACCUGGCACCGACUGCUGUCGUCCACCAAGAGCGCGACAUCGCGAAGCUCAAGGCGCUGGCGCUGGCGGUGGAGGAGCUCAUGCAAAGCCUGCCUGCAUCGGCGACGCAAGAAUGCGAGAAGGAUAUGAGGCUCGCGAUGAGGGGCAUCGUCGCCGUCCCGAAGCCGCCCAAGAAGCCGACUAAGCCAGAGCUCAACGUAUGCACGGACGACCACCUGGAUGAUGGCGUCGACGAUGGCAUUGAAGGAUACGCGGAGUCGAAUGGGCCGUACAAUGACGAAAGCCCCAACUACGACGAACGAAAUGAGGCAUACGAGUACUUCCGUGACAAGUAUGGCGACUAUGAUGACUACGAUAUCUGA